AUGUACUCAGCUUCCAAUUCAACCGAAUCUUCUCAAUCAUCAGAACUUCUUCGUAGCCUUGUUAGGGCUAUAACCAAUACUAAUGAAACUUUGAAGUUGAUUCAUCAGGAUCUCGCUGUUAAGCGUCUUGACCCUGAGAAAAUCAGAAAGACGGUUAAGGAAAGUGUUGUCCCUGCUAUUCAUUUUUUGCGGGACGAAGAUGGACAAUGUAGUCCUAUGGUGUUCAUUCGCUACUUAAGUGAGCUUAGAAGUGCUCUAAAGGACUAUGGUUAUGAGCAGGUCUGUGCUAACUUUGCAGAACAGAAAUAUGACUCCGUCUCUGACGAAGAGGAGUUAUUCACGAACGAGACUUUGAAACAAACAAACGAUGGCUCUGUUUAUGUUAUGUUGAGAGAUUACUAUAGGAAAUCUCACGGCAAGUAUCCAUCCGCAGCAAAGAUGUUGAAUCUUUUACGUGACCGACACUCGACUAUUAAGCAUAGCAAGCAGUCUUAUCUUAAGGCCCUUGCAAAACUUCGGUAUGAAGAUUAUACCAAACCCUUUUUGGACUACUUUAAUCUAAUMGAUGACUUUAUUAAUGCUAUUAAGAGCGACGGUUACAAAGUCGAUGAUGAUGAUAUCCUAGAGGCAUUGAAACCAGGUGUUGUUAAGUUGUGCGAGAACGAUCGAAACGAACUCAAUCAAGUUACUACACUAACUGAAUUUAAGGAGUGGAUCAUUAAGGAGGUCAAGAUCCAACGUGUCCCUAACAGGGAGGAGGUUCAGAUCCCAAAAUACUUAUUGAAGGGUCUUUACCAUUCUCAGACCGACUCUAGCGGCACACACAACAAACAAAAGCAAUAUUCUUCGAAGCACGGUCAAUCUAAAGGGCAGAGUCAAUCGAAGAAGGACUCACCCGAGAAGAAAAUGUUCACAACUUCAACUUGA